CUAAUCCCAUGAUCAACAAGAACAAUAUUAAUAGCAACACCUCAUUUUCCCUCUCGUUUUCUCAUUAGCCUCCCCAUUAAUUAAACAAUGACUACUAAUCCCAGUUUAAGCAUCAUCACACUAAUGACGCUCUUGAUGUGUCUAACUCCGACCUUAAUCAAAUCAGAGGAGAGCAUUGAUGUCCUUUUACCCAUAUCACUCAACCUCACCGUCCUCACCGAUCCCUUCUCCAUCUCCGCCGCUUCUCGCGACUUCGGAAAUAUCACCGAUGUUAACCCCGGCGCCGUCCUCUGCCCUUCUACCCCCGCUGAGGUUGCCCGUCUUCUCCGGUUCGCAAACGGAGACUUCUCUUAUGACAGCGAGUCAACAACCUCCUCGCCAGGUUUCAAGGUGGCCGCUCGCGGCCAAGGCCACUCUCUCCGUGGCCAAGCCUCUGCACCUGGCGGCGUUGUCGUAAACAUGACGUGUCUCGCCAAGACGGCUAAACCAGCAGCGGUUGUUGUCUUAGCUGAUGGGACUUACGCUGACGUAGCUGCCGGGGCGAUGUGGGUGGAGGUUCUUGAGGCGGCGUUGGCGAGAGGGGUCUCGCCGGUUACUUUCACGGAUUAUCUCUAUCUCAGCGUUGGCGGGACUUUGUCGAACGCUGGAAUCGGUGGCCAGGUGUUUAGACACGGCCCUCAGAUUAGUAACGUUCAUGAACUGGACGUUAUUACUGGAAAGGGUGACAUGGUGACUUGCUCUCCAAAGUUAAACCCUGAACUGUUCUAUGGAGUUUUAGGAGGAUUGGGCCAAUUUGGCAUAAUAACAAGAGCCAGAAUUGCGUUGGAGCAUGCACCAACAAGGGCGAAAUGGAUACGCAUACUCUACAGUGACUUCUCGGCAUUUACAAGAGACCAAGAGCGUUUAAUAUCAAUGGCCAAUGAUCUUCGAGUUGACUUUUUAGAAGGUCAACUAAUGAUGUCAAACGGAAUAGUUGACACCUCUUUUUUCCCACUCUCCGAUCAAACAAGAGUCGUCUCUCUUGUGAAUGACCACCGUAUCAUCUAUGUUCUCGAAGUAGCCAAGUAUUAUGAUACCACCACCCUUCCUAUCAUUGAGCAGGUAAUCGACAGGUUAACCAGAACUCUAGGUAUUACUUCGGAGUUCAUGUUCGUGCAAGAUGUUCCUUAUUUCGAUUUCUUGAAUCGUGUACGAAACGAAGAAGAUAAGCUCAGAUCUAUAGGGCUAUGGGAAGUUCCUCAUCCAUGGCUUAAUAUGUUCGUUCCGAGAUCUCGAAUAUUAGAUUUUCAUGAAGGUGUCAUCAAAGGCCUUCUUCUCAAUCAGACCGCAACUUCUGGUGUUACUCUCUUCUAUCCCACAAACCGAAAAAAAUGGAACAACCUCAUGUCGGCAAUGAUACCAAACGAGGAUGUUUUUUAUGUGAUCGGAUUCUUGCAAUCAGCUGGUGGAUCACAUAACUUUGAAGAACUCGAGAAUCUUAACGACAGGAUAAUCAACUUUUGCGAUAACUCGGGAAUUAAGAUCAAAGAAUAUUUGAUGCACUACACAAGAAAAGAAGAUUGGAUUAAGCAUUUUGGACCAAAAUGGAAUGAUUUCUCGAGGAGGAAAAUGAUGUUUGAUCCAGAAAAACUAUUGUCUCCGGGACAAGACAUCUUUAGUUAAACAUACAACGUGUCUUUAACACGCACCCCGCGCCACACAAAAAGUAUGUUCAUAGUCUAAUUAAUUAAUAAAUAGUUUAGUGAUUUGGAAUGGAUAAUUACUUCCUUCAAUUGUAAUCUUUUUCCUCUUUAUGUGAAUGUCCAUGUCUCUG